CGUAGCCCGGCUGCAUGUUUACAAACGGAUGAUGGCGGGCUACGAGGGUCUGUGUGACAAGUCAGCUGGCAGGUUCGGCGAGGUAAUGGAUAGGAGGUCGACAUCGCCCCUGAGGGACCUGGACUUCAUGCGUGAGGUGAAGAAGGACCUUGUGGUGGCCAGGGAGCAGUGCUAUCAGCGGGGACUCCUGCAAACCACCAAGUGGCUUAGCGAACUUCUAGUAUGUGUCCGUGAUGUGCAGCUUGAUGAACAGCUGCCGAGUCUUCCAUCCCUUUAUGACCUUCUUGGGGAUGAACUUGAUCAUUACCAUCUGGCCAAGUCCUACUUUGACCUAAAGGAGUAUGACAGAUGUGCUUACUUCACUGAGCAUUGCACCACGGACCUCGGGCGAUUUCUUCAUCUCUACUCAAGAUAUCUUUCAGGCGAGAAGAAAAAGAAUGAUGACAUUGUUGACGCACUUGUUACCAAUGAUCAACACAAAGGGAUUUACUUGAAGGAGCUGCACACGGAGCUGUCCAAAAUUUAUGCUCUUCACUCAUCAAACUCCACAUCCAGAGAUGUUGGUGAAACUGACAUGGAUGCCUGGCUGCUGUGGCUGUAUGGAGUAGUACUGAAACGCUUGGACCUUACUAGACAGUCUGUGGAAGUGCUGUGUCAGGCUUUGCACAUCCAACCCUUACAAUGGGGGGCUUGGCUGGAAUUGGCAGCUCUCAUCACAGACAGAGAAAUGCUUGCCACAUUAAAGCUACCAGACCAUUGGAUGAGGAAAUUGUUUUAUGCUCAUACCUACUUGGAGCUACAGCUAAAUGAUGAAGCCUUGGAGAUCUACACCAGUUUGCAAGAUGCUGGACUUGCACACUCCACAUACAUCAUGGCUCAAGUUGCUAUCACACACCAUAACCAGAGAGAUGUGGAUCAAGCUGUGACAAUAUUCAAGGAACUUGAAGCCAUAGACCCAUUUCGUCUGGACAACCUGGAUACUUAUUCCAACUUGCUGUACGUGAAAGAAAUGCGUGUGGAACUCUCACAUCUUGCACACCGUGUUGUGCAAGUUGACAAGUAUCGGGUAGAGACUUGUUGCGUUAUUGGUAACUACUAUAGCUUAAGAUCCCAACAUGAGAAGGCAGUACAGUAUUUUCAGCGAGCACUUAGGCUUAAUCCACACUACUUGGCAGCUUGGACAUUGAUGGGUCAUGAAUACAUGGAAAUGAAGAAUACUAAUGCUGCUAUCCAAUGUUAUCGUCAGGCUAUUGAGGUGAACAGACGGGACUACCGUGCAUGGUAUGGACUUGGCCAGACCUACGAGAUAUUAAAACUUCCAGCUUAUUGUUUAUAUUACUUCAAACAGGCUCAGAAGCUAAGACCAAAUGACUCUCGGAUGCUGGUGGCACUCGGGGAAAGUUACGAAAAGUUAGAGAAGUGGGAAGAAGCCAAAAAAUGUUUCCUCAAAGCCCACAGUGUUGGUGACAUAGAGGGCAUUGCAUUACUUAGACUGGCCAAGUUAUACAGUCGUUUAGGAGAAGGCGAACGUGCUGCAGUUCUUUAUGAGCGAUAUCUGCAAGAAACUGAAGAUGCUGGCCUAAGUGAGGACCGGGGACAAGCGUAUCAGUUUCUAGCGAGUCACUGCCUUCAGAAAAAUAUGCUUGAUUUGGCUUAUGAUUAUGCUCAGAAAUGUACUCUCUUCAUGGAAACUCGAGAAAGUGGCAAGACUAUGUUAAGGGAGAUAGCCAAUAGAAGACAACACACUGAACAAAACACGCAGGAUGAUUGUGGUAGUGUCUUGGUGAGCAGAGUCAGGCCUCGAGUACCCCUUGGAGGAGAUCGCUCUGCCUCUGCACGGUUACCGCCUCUUAGCCUUUCAUAUACCCCAUAGCAUAAGCCUCCCAUUUCAUUUUAUUUCUCUAUAUAUAAUGUGUACGUGUUUCUCUUUUAUCAUAUAAACUUAUUUCACUGUUUAUUGGCAAUUGUUCUAUGCCGCAAUUCCUUUGUAAAUGUCAUAGAAUAUACUUUUUCUAGAAUUUUAUACAUGAGCUUGCAUAAUGCAAGUGAAGAUUUGUUCCUGUACAGUAUAUAUAAUUUUCAUGUUUGUUACCUAUUUUUCCAACCUGUAAGUUUAUUACGUGCCUGAAAAAAAAUAUUGGUUACAUUGUAUACUUUUUUUGUGCUACUAAAUAAAACAAUUUUUUUUU